GCUGCGGUAGACGGUCAGUUCAUCGCAACCAGCCUCACAGCACAGAGAAUCAUUUUCCUUUUCCUUGUACGUUUUACUUUUGAGGCGAGUUCUGGAUUAAACGGCGAAGGGAGAUACUGCUUUGCACCUCUAUAGUCCAUGCCCAUUUUGCCAGAAAAAUGAUAACACUGAUAUUUUUCGUAUUUUUACUCGCGGGGCAAGCUUCCUCAUCCCCGGUACCCAUCGAGCAUUCAAAAGCCGACACUAAGGUAAUGAAUUGUGUUGUAGAGGUCAUCUCUGACACGCUGGCCAAACCCAGCCCUUUGCCAAUCAGCCCGGAGUGCCUGGACGCUCUCAGGGGAGAUGAGAGAAUAAUCGGCAUGCUUCGACAUCAAAAUCUUCUGCGAGAACUGCAGGAACUUGCGGCUGAAGGGGCCAAUGAGAAGACACUUCAGAAGAAGCAAAGCGACAAUUAUGAAGAGAAGCAACCUGCAGUUCUCAAGAAUCACGAUGACCCUCAAGAGAAUCCAGCAGAGGAGCAACAAAGAUCCAGCACUGAGAACUUGGACAUUGGGGAUGAGGAGGAGGAGAUCAUAAAGGAGAAGCUACCAGAUGUACGAAGGCACAGCCUUCAGGAUACAGCUACUGACUUGAACAGCACUACAACAGACAGAGACAGAGGAAUAACAAAGAAAAUUCCAGUAGAAGAUGAACCAAUGGAAAGUGAAUCCUCUUCCAAUGAAUAUAAUGAGGACCAAUCCCAGGAUCAGCAGCAAACUGAGGAGCAUAGUCCAGAAGCACAUGAUGAUGAGGACACUGAAGAAGUGGGUGAAGAUCUCAUCAAAGCAAGUGAUGAGGAAGAAAGCAACAGCCGUUAUGAAGACAGUAAGGAUGAGGAGCUAACCCACAGUGAAGAGCCUCCACAAGAAGACUGGGGAGAUGAAGCAGCUGACAGUGACAGUUCAGAUAUGGAUGGAAAUGGGAAGGUCUCAGAAAAAGAAAUAAGGUCUAAAGAGAACAAUAAGAAUUCAGAAAAUGUAGAUAAAUAUUCAAGCAAGAAUGAUGAAAAGGAUGACUUGUCUGAAGAGUGGGAGGGGAAUAAACGCAAGCUGGAUGAACUUGCUCCAGAGAUGAAGUUGAGAAAGCAUGAAGCAGGUGAGGAAGAUAAAUCGAUCAGAGUUGAAAAUCCAAAAGCGCGCAGCAGACACAGCCAUUUCCAAUACUUGCAGGGAAACAGAAGAUCUCAUGCUGAGGAAGGUCGACAGAAAGGGAAAGUGUUCAUUGCAUCAACUGCGUUGCGAAAAAGGCUUGAUGUAGAGGAAGGAAGUGCCACCAGGAAAAGUGAGGACCAGGAAGUGGAGAGCUUGGAAGAGAUCGAAAGUGAACUUGAAGCAAUGGCAAGGAGGUUACACCAGAUGCGUAGUCGUUAAAUGUGGUGCUACCAAGAUUAAUAAUGAAGCGCCUAUUAGCACCUUCAAAGUACAUUUUGUUUGACAAGUAAUAUUUUAUCAAAUUCAUCAUGAGCGCCCAAACCGUCACCUUUAUUCCCUUUGAGGUGCUAUCAUAUUGCUUGCUAAAAUUAUUUUGCUCCUUUUUUAUUUAGGGCAACUCUCUUUUCUUUGUGCAGUAGCUGAAUGAAUUUUCAAUAUUUUACUUAUGGAUUAAAAUGCAAUGGCUUUCUAGAACUCUGGAAACGAUAUGAAAUUAGUAUUGUGCUUGGUCACUGCCUGUACCAAGUCAAACUAAUUGUACUGUAUAUCCAAUUUAUGUAAUUAAAAUAAU